GUUAAUGGUUACGCGACAAACAUAUAAAGAUAACACACCGUAUACAUAGUUAGAUGGAGUACUAUUUCGUCGUACAAAUAAAUGACACGCAAUAGUGAAGAACCAAUAAAAAACGAGGCGCAAAUACGUGUUUUUUUAUAAAUUAAGUGGUCAAACACAAAAACAUUUCCUCGUAUAUCAUUUGUAACGGUUUGCAAAACAGUGUUGUGUCUUAGCAGUGCGUGAUAACGUGAAAAUCGAAUGUUUUGAUGUCGCGAGGCAUGACCACGGCAUGACUUCCAUGCCCUGCGUACCUACGGAAGGGCGUGCGGUGCGAAUUACGUUUACUAUGAAUGAUUUUAUCUCUUUCUAAACUCGAGUGUCUGUGAAUGACCGAGUGUAACAGCGAGCGUACCAAAUUAUGGAUUGAAAUAGUGUUUGUUGUUGAUGUAUUAUGAUUAUUUAGCAAAGAUAAGAUUUUUAACAUUAGUGUUAUCGUGUUAUAGUGAGGAAUCGCCGCGGCUCUGCCCACGGAAUAAAUUCAUAAGGUACUACGUCGGAUUCGUUACGCCGUUCGAUUUAUCAUAACGAGGUACUAUUUACGCACUAUAUGGUGAUUAUUAUAAGUAUUUUUAGUCGUGGCGCGUGUCCGCCGACGGUGUUUUACUAUUCGUCGUUUAUUAGGGUGACUUUCAUCAUUGGUGUAAACAACUUCAAGGUUAUCGGUUGGCAUGUGCCAGAGUCGUUAGGUGCGGGACUGGGAUGCAGGAGUGAUGUCGGCGGCGGGAGGAGGGGGCGCGGGCGCCGUGGUGCGCCAAGGGCAACUGCGGAAGCUCAAGACGAUGAAGAAGAAGUUCUUCGUGCUGCGCGCGGAGACCCCAGAAUGUUCCGCGAGGCUGGAGUACUAUGAGUCGGAGAAGAAGUUCCGCGCAGGAGUGGCGCCGCGGCGUGUGCUGCCGCUGAAGAGCUGCUACAACAUCAUGCGGCGACUGGACCUGAAGCAGAAGCACGUGAUCGCGCUGUUCACCCGCGAGGAGCAGUUCUGCGUGGUGGCGGACAACGAGCAGGAGCUACACGCGUGGCUCACCGCCAUCCUCAAGCAGCACCGCAGCGACGACGCCAGCGACGAGCUGCUGCACCCCAUACAACACGUAUGGCAAGUAAACGUGCAGAAGAAAGGCCUGGGUGCCACCAAGAACAUCCAGGGUCUGUACAACCUCUGCCUCACAGACAAGACGCUAACACUGGUGAAGAUCAAGAGUCACAACAAUGUCAUCAGCGAUCUUGGUCUACUGGAGCGCGUUGAGUACUCCUUGAAGAACAUUCGGAGAUGUGGCGAUUCCGAGCGUUUCUUCUACAUGGAGGUGGGGCGUCAGACGACCACGGGAGCAGGCGAGCUAUGGAUGCACACCGAUGACUCCAACAUCGCGCAGAGCAUGCACUCCACUAUAUACCAUGCGAUGCGCGACUGUGCCAAGGAGACGGAGAAUGAGCGCGACCACAUCGUGCUGCCGAAGGGGCCCGACAACGCCCUGCCCGCGCGCAGGCAGUCCUACUCCGACGGCCGCGGCCGCGCCGGACUUGCUAACGCCGACACCCAGAAUAACACACUAACUGAUAAAACAGACAACCCGGUAAGGGUGAUCAAACACCACCGAACAGAGUCCUUGCCCGGGUACCCUCUAUUCCAAGAGCCCUUGAAGAUAUCUCACGGGAGGACGAGGUCUGAGCCCCUGACGGGGGAGGAGGUAGAUCGCGUGCUGGUAGAGAAGGGAGUGACGCACUCGUCGUGCAAAGCGAUCAAUGGGACGGACGCGGCGGCGAAGAAGACGCAAUGGUCGCGGCGCGCCAGCACGGGGACGCGGUUACAUAAACUGUCGCCGGCUCAUACUAAGAACGCGGAAACGCUGCGUAACCGCUGCGUUAGUAUGCCGUCCCGAGCCAGUUCCUCGUUUGAGGUGGACAGAGCUCCGCCCAGAUACACUGACCUUGAUGGUUUGGAGGUGUCACGGGACGAAGCCGACGCGGUAUCGGACUGGUACCGGACGCCGGCGCGCAUUCCUGAGGAACCUGAUUGUUGCGACAUAUCUAGAGAUUUUAUGAGUUCAUCGCUAGCGGGCGGUGGGUCAGUAGCGCACUCGCGCACGUCGUCAGUAGGCGAGGCAGGCGGUUACCUGCCCAUGGCGCCGGCCGGCCUCGUGUCUGCCUCAUCAGGCUCGCUGUGCUCCGGCACACCCUCCACCGACCCGCGCUUCAGCGAAUACCAGCUCGAACCAGCUACUUCCCACAUCGGCCUCGAGCGGCCGCCUCGUGCCUACAGUGUAGGGUCACGCCCCACACCCUCGCAGGCCGAGACCCGCCACCGCGCCUACAGCGUGGGGGCCCGCGCCAGGCCGCCGCGGCACCCGCACGCGAGGCCCACCAAUACUGAUGAUCACAUGGAGAUUGAUUUCUCUAAUAAUUCGCCGGCUAAUCGGGUGAUGUCCCGCACGCCACCGACGGCUUGCUUCGUGGAGCCCCGGCCGAAGACCAACGUGGACGAGUACGUGGACAUGUCGCCGCGCAACGCCGGCUACGUGGAGAUGCGGCCCGGCGAGCGGCCCCGCUCCCCGCCCACCCCCGCGCCCGCGCCCGUCCCCGCCCCGCCCACGCCCGACGGCUACGUCGAGAUGAACUACGGCCGCGCGGCUACCAGGCCCAUCGCUAUCGGGUCCGCGCGGCCCCCGCCGCCCCUCGCCGCGUCGCCGGACGAGAGGCGGCGGCCCCGCGACCCGCGCACUCCACACGGCUCGCAGACACUGUUCGACAUGUCGCUAGACUCGCCCGCGUCGCCGCAGGACAUAGACACGACUGAGGCGCUGGAAGAGGACCCUCCCCACCACCCGUUGACGACGGUGCGGGAGAUCUCUGAGGACGGGCGGCGCAGCCCCGAGCCGGUAGCGCCGCGCCGCAGCCCCGAGGUGUCGGUGUCGCCGCAGUACGUGACGCUGGCGCUGACGGCGCCGCCCAAGACGCCCGAGCCCUGCGGCGACGAGCUCUCCUGCAACCCCACCGCCAACAAGACUAUCGCCAGGGUGCCCGACCCCGCCGACAUACGAGCGUCAGAGCCGGGUGCGGCAGGCGCGACGCUGGUGGUGGCGGGCGGCGGCGCGGCGCGCUGGGCGGGGCUGCACAACGCGGCGCGGGACCAGGAGCCGCGCCGCGCCGCCCCCGCGCCCGCGCCGCGCGCCUACACGCAGAUCGACUUCCUGCGCAGCGAGAAGCUGCACGCCGCCGACGCGACCUAG